UUAGAAAUAAAAAGUGAGAAUAUGAACGUCAAGUUCGAUCGUCCGAAGCAGGAGACCCCGAAGAUCGCCACAUCGCCCGCGUGCCACACGAAGAACACCUGCAAAGUCCUGUAUGGUGAGCGGAGCUAGCAGUACAGGAAAACAAAACAACACACCCAACAACCACCACCCAUCAAAUCCCCACCCUCGCACAAAGUCAAUGUCUAAAUCCAUCAGCUCCUCGUCUCUUUUCACCUCUUUUAAGAAACACCUCUUGUACAUACCUCUACUAAUUAUGAUUUUCGCCGCGUUUUUUCUCUUGAGCAUUUCGUCGAACACUUUCAGUGCAAUUGGAUCUGAUGCUGUUUCUCCGCAUAAUUAUGUGAUCGAGGUUGUUAAUGAGUUUCCUCAUGAUCCUAAAGCGUUCACGCAGGGGCUUUUGUAUGGAGGAAAUGAUACGGUUUUUGAGUCAACUGGUCUUUAUGGUCAGUCAACAGUUCGACGAGUAGCUAUUCAGACUGGCGAGAUUUUAAGACUUCAUAAGAUGGAAUCAUCUUACUUUGGAGAGGGUUUAACUCUUAUUGGUGACAGGUUAUAUCAAGUUACUUGGUUGAAGAAAAUUGGUUUCAUUUAUGAUCGAAAUAAUUUCAGCAAAGUUAAGAGCUUUACUCACCAAAUGGGAGAUGGUUGGGGGCUGGCUACUGAUGGCAAAUUUUUGUUUGGAACUGAUGGAAGCUCAACAUUGUAUCAAAUUGAUCCGCUAAAUAUGAAAGUCAUACAAAAACAAGUUGUCACUUAUAAUGGUUAUGAAGUGCAUAACCUCAAUGAGCUGGAGUACAUAAAUGAUGAAGUUUGGGCAAAUGUUUGGCAGACUGACUGCAUUGCUAGAAUUUCACCGAAAGAUGGUGUUGUCCGGGAGUGGAUUCUACUUCAAAGUUUAAGAGAAGGAUUACUGGCUGCUGGAAGAAAAAAUUUUGAUGUUUUAAAUGGCAUAGCAUGGGAUAAAGAGAACGACAGAAUUUUUGUGACAGGAAAGCUUUGGCCAAAGCUGUACGAAAUAAAGCUGCAUCCAGCAAAGAAAGAGCUUCAUGGAAACAUUGAAGAAAUCUGCAUGCCGAAGCGGUUUGUAUUUGGGACUCAUUCAUAAUAUUAAUGUCAAAAUUGGAUUACGGUCAACUAAAUGAUGCUGAUCAUAUUCAGAAAGUAAUUGGUAGUGGGUAUUGACAGUCAUAUACAAAUGGAUGAGCCUUGAGAUGUAGUUCGCUAUUUGGGUGGAUAUCCCUAACAAUUUGCGAGAGGUUGAUAGAGCUUAUAUAUAUUCAUUUUGUAAUUCCAUAGUUUUUUGUGACAUGCUAUAGUCUACAACAUUAUCUGAGAGGAAAUUUACAGCUUAAACUGCACCUAGUGCAUCAGGGAAGUGGAAUGGUGAUAGGCUAUCUCAUGUCGUCUAUAGAAGUGUCUUUGUGCAACAACUUAAUGUUGUGUUUGGUUUCGUUGAAUGAAUUUGGGAGGAAUUUAAUGAAAUUUGAACUAUGUUAUAGAUUAUUGUUUAUAAA